AUGGGCCAAUCUGCUUGUUUCGAUGUGUUGGGCACAUGCUUCGGGUUCGACAAAGCCAUUGAUACGAUCACCGAACGGUUAGGUCCGAAAUUGAAAGCGAUUAAUGUCGAUCCAAAGACGCUCUUCUUUAGCUGGUUCUACGCCGCUCAGAGAGACUUCACCUACACAUCCAUCUGCAGCUCCUACACGCCGAUCGCACAAAUACUGAAGCACACAUUCAAACGGGCUUGUCUCAUCGUUGACCUUCCCGCAGAACAAGUGAGUGAUGACGAUGUGGCAGCGGUUAUGGAACAGAUCACCAAGCUGCCGCCGAGAGAGGGGUUGAAGGAGUGCUUCGAUGGGUUACGGAGUGCAGGCUGGGAUGUCUACGCGGUCACGAAUGGUGGCAAACAGACCAGCCUGAAGUACUACGAACUUGCUAACAUCGGGCUUGAUCCGGACCAUUUGCUGAGCUGCGACGACAUCAAAGUGGCAAAGCCGGAUGUUAAGGUUUACGAGACUGCCAACAAAUACCUCACGUCUAGAGGUGUGGGAAGCGAAGGUGAUAGGUGGUUCGUUGCAGCUCAUGCAUGGGACCUGAUCGCUGCCCGUAAGGCUGGCUUCAAAACGGCGUGGCUGGCUCACGAGGAGCAUAUGCCAGUAACGGAAGUAUUUGGGGAGUUUGAUUUAUAUGCCGAAGACAUGAAGGACUUACUGAGAAAGAUGAGGGCUUUGUAA